UCCGCAUCUACAUGUACAUUGUAAAUGUAUAGGAGUUAAACUGAUCAACAAAAAUGACAGGGAUUGAAACGAAGGACCUAAUUUGGGUUGGUGUUGUUGCACUUGGACAUAGCUUACAAUUAGGACAAGCAGCUACAGAGGUUGCCAAUCUUCGACGUAAGCACAAGAUUUCCCCACCCACCACAGACGGGCCUCCAGAUUUUAUCCGAGCAUUGAGGGCACAACAAAACUGUGUAGAAUUCGCCAUACCUUUCCAAGUGGUUUUAUGGACAGCCGGAGUAUUUGCUAACCAAGUCCCUGCUGCUAUUCUUGGAACCAUAUAUCUUUAUGCAAGGCGGAACUACAUCAAAGGCUACAUAGAGGCCGCGGAUAAAAGGAUAAAGCCGUUUUGGCAGAGUAUCCGGGCUCUACAGGGAUUGGUGAUUGUUGGUGUUGCCGGAAUUGUGAACACGGGACUGCGGGAGUAUGCCGGCAUUGAUCUUGUAGCCCGCCUUCGUCAAAUGGCCUCCUAGACAACACAGCGGGAAAACGCUUGAAAUUUAUGUGUUUUAAUGAGUGUUAACCAGAGGCGAGUCUAUCGGAGGGAGGUGGGGGGGACAGAGGGCCCGUACCCCUCCCCAGCGGACCGGCAAGCAAUGUUUUUUGGGGGCACAUCUUUAUUGAUUUAACUGUACAAAUAAGUUGUUUUGUCACAAAUUAAAAUUUAUAUAAGCAUUUGAGCAAAUAAACAAUUGAACCUGAUUAUCGAGUUUAAUAUAGUAUACGACACGAAAAAGUCUCUUGAAAAUGACAUCGGGGCCCGAACAUUCGAUAAUAAAAAAUCGGCGCCGCAUUUGACACAGACAGCUGAUCAAAAGUAGACAAAUAUGGCUGCAGUUAUACGCGUAAGUUUACUGUUUGCACGUUAUAUGUUCGUCAUUGCUUUUAAUAAUGUCAAUGUGUGUCAACAAGAUAUGCGGGCGCCUGACGUGCAUUUAGCGAAAGUUUAUAUUCAAAAUGAUAUAGUGUGUCUCAGGUGGACGAGUGGUUAACGAGUUCGUCUGUUAAGCCGUCGACCUUGGUUCGAUUCCCCAAACCGGCAAGAUACCGUUGUUGUUUUUUGAAAAGUUUAUCUUAGAUCAGUAAAUGCUAUCUUUUUAAUUCAAUUGAUCUGCCAAACAUCAUUGACAGUGAAGACAAAUGUUAAUUCCACGUCAUUAUAUAAUUAAAAUAAUGCAUUAAAAAAUUGGUAUGUGCCCCCACGCUUUUAGAAAGUCCUGGACCCGCCACUGUAAACACUUAAGAUUAAAUAGAAAUAGUAACCGCCAUUGUAAACACUUAAGAUUAAAUAGAAAUAGUACUUACAAGUAUGAUUUUGUACCUGAACUACACUA